UGACAAAAAAAUUAUAUAAAAAAACCACGACAUUUCCUCUCUCUAGGGUUCUUCUUCCUCUCUCUCUCUCUCCCCGCUCCACUCCCAAACCCUCGUCGCCAUGGAUCCCGAUCUGAAAGCACCCAUCUCCACGGGCACCACCAUCAUUGGCGUCACCUACAAUGGCGGCGUCGUCCUCGGGGCCGACUCCCGAACCAGCACAGGGAUGUAUGUCGCUAAUAGGGCUUCGGAUAAGAUCACGCAGCUCACUGAUAAUGUCUACGUUUGCCGCUCUGGAUCGGCUGCUGAUUCCCAAGUUGUUUCGGAUUACGUUCGUUACUUCCUUAACCAACAUACAAUUCAACUAGGACAACCUGCCACUGUCAAAGUUGCAGCCAACUUAAUUAGGUUGCUAUCUUACCAAAACAAGAAUAUGCUCGAAACUGGCCUGAUUGUUGGUGGAUGGGACAAGUAUGAAGGAGGUCAAAUAUACUCUGUGCCCCUUGGUGGAACAAUUGUGAGGCAGCCUUUUGCCAUUGGAGGAUCUGGUUCCAGCUACUUGUAUGGUUUCUUUGAUCAAGCAUGGAAGGAAGGGAUGAGCAAAGAUGAAGCUGAGGAGUUAGUGGUGAAAGCAGUCUCUCUUGCCAUAGCUCGCGAUGGCGCUAGCGGAGGUGUUGUCCGUACAGUUAUUAUUAACGAAUCUGGCAUUACGAGGAACUGCUACACGGGCGAUUCAUUGCCGCUUUGGCACGAAGAGCUCGAGCCGCACAACUCGUUGCUCGAUUUACUUUCUUCAAGCAGUCCUGAGCCAAUGAGCUCAUAAGAGCAGCAAACUUUAUCUUUCGUCGAACACACACUGUUUCUUUUCCGCUGCUUGUGAAAUUUGUGGAACAAAAGCCUUUUAUUUGAUGAUGAUAUGCAGUGAUACUUGUAACAGGUGAUGAAGUGUAUGUGGUUUCUUUUUUGAUGCAAUGCAUGUUUAGUUGAAAUGCCAUUUCCUGUGGGGCAUCUUA